AUGGCCAUCAAAGAGUACUAUCAACUGAAGAAAUAUUGGGUUGCUGAUCCUUGCCUUCCUCAAAAUUCUCCUUGGGAUGGUUUGACAUGUGAUAAUUCAUCAACUCCGGAUCUUUCUAAUAGCAGGCUAGAUGGCAUAAUUUCUGGUCAUAUUUCAAAGCUAACAGCGCUGACAACAUUGAACUUGUCAAGAAACAACCUGAAUGGACAAGUGCCAGCAUUUUUACAAGACUUGCCAAGUUUGAUCAAAAUAGAUCUGUCAAACAACAACCUAUCUGGGCCACUACCUGCCAGCUUAAAGGAAAAAAUGAAAGAUGGUCAACUCAUGUUUAGCAUUGAAAACAAUCCCCGAAUUUGCCAAGAAGGUCAAUGCAGCCAAGAUGGAAAGACUACUCACAAGAGCAGGAGAACUGUAAUCGUCAUAUCUUUGGUGAUAUCUACACUUCUGACAGUUCUCAUAGUUGUGGCCGUCAUAGUCACAAUAAAGAGAAGAAAACAAGACAAUCAUCAACAGUAUCAGACAACCAUGGAGUAUAAGAAAAGUGGCAUUUUCACAUACUCUGAGGUGGUGGCAAUGACUAAUGAUUUUGACAAAGUAAUUGGUAAAGGAGGAUCAGGCACAGUGUACUAUGGUCAUCUAAAAGAUGGACGUGAAGUUGCAGUUAAGAAAGUAGCUGGACUUGUAGAAGAAGGAACCAAGGAAUUUCAAGUAGAGGUUCACCUACUGAUGCAAGUCCAUCAUAAACAUUUGGCACCUUUCAUUGGGUACUGUGAUGAUGGCAAACAAAUGGUCCUCAUCUAUGAGUAUAUGGCUAAUGGCAAUCUUCGACAGCGAUUGUCAGAUGAAAGAGCUGACGCAUUGAACUGGCAACAACGACUGCGCAUUGCUUUUGGUGCAGCAACGGGACUUGAGUAUUUGCACUCAGGAUGCACCCCAGCAAUCAUUCAUAGGGAUGUGAAAUCAAGCAACAUUCUUCUGAAUGCGAAUUUUGAGGCAAAGAUUGCUGACUUUGGGUUAUCAAAGAGUGUUAUCUCUAGCAGUGUUACACAUAUUACAACUGCAGUUGCUGGCACAGCUGGUUACUUGGACCCUGAGUAUUGGUGCACCGGCAAGGUUACUGAGAAAAGUGAUGUCUACGGCUUUGGGGUAGUCCUGUUAUGGAGGAGAAAAUGUCCCAAUAGUUAAAAUUGU